AUGUCUGUGUAUGUGGAGGAAACGGCGAAGGAGGCGUGGGAAGCGUUCUGGAGUCCUUGUGAGAUCGAAGAAGAUCGGGAAGUGUCCAGUCAUCGGACUUGCUUCUUCGAUGGCGGAGGCCGUGGUCGUGAACCUGAGAUGUUCAUACAUUGUGCCUGUCUUCCCGUCUUCGGCGUUGAUGCCUCAGUUUUCGCAGAUGAGGGUGCCCAGAUGAACAGUGUGGUACCAGGUUCUUCUCUGAUGCAAACCAUGACACAGUACCCUGCCCUUGGACAGGUAUCCCACCCAUAUGAAUCAUCUCAAGCUGGAAAGGAGCUUAACAAGUAUGCUUCGCUCAAGGCUGUUGCUGAAAAAGCCAGUGAAAACUUCUAUACUAAUAGACGGCACUUGGCUGACCUGGCAGCAAAAGGCACUCUUCCUCUGCACUCUGUAAGCCUUGAGCAAGAGCCCACCAACCCAUACAGCCCCGAGCUACCCUGCCAAAAGCAGAAUGGACAGAAGUCCAAAAGCACCAGGGUCCACAGCUCCCACCCGCUGAAUUUUGGCUCCAACACCAUUGCCAACCCCGGCAUGCUGAAGGGCUGGGAUGCGACAGAGACACUGGGCCACCGGCACACUUACGGCCCCAAGAAACAAGGGACCACCAUGGAGCAAGUGAACGAGCUGAUGUCCGCUCACAGCCGGCACUAUCUGCCGCCACAUCCGUACUUUGUCACCAACAGCAAGACUGAGGUUACUGUGUAAAUGGGACCACAACUCUAGGUUUCUCGAGCCCAGCUCUGAGUGGAUCUGUGAAAUGAAGAAUGAGGAUAACAGAGAAAGCGUGAUGGUGGAAGAAGUGUGGAUUGGGACCCUAUCCUGCUGGAAAGAUUGGCCAAGCAGUUUGGCUCAAGAUCUGCAGGGCACAUUCUCUGUUGACUGUCUGUUUGCCGUUUGUCUUUGAACAGUGGUGCAAGGAACAGGCAUGCAUUGGACAUCUGCCUCAUUUAAAAGGAAAAGUGAAAUGUUAUAUACUCUUUCUGUGUCCAUUCCAUUCCGUUUCAAUUCAAAUGUAUAAUCUGACCUGUAGAGAUAAGGCACUGGGACAUUCACACAGUACCAUACGUCAAAGUGAUGAGAACAAAAUUUGACAUUCAAUGCAAUCAAACGUACAUUCAGCAUCAA